UCCAACGAAAUGGCAGGGCGCCGUCCGGCGUCUAUUUACAAUACAAGUUCAGUGUACGUGCUACUGCUAGCCAUCUACAUGCUGCUUCUUCAUAAUAACCGGAUUAGUAUGGUGAACUCAACUGGAGGGUUAGCCUUGGUACAGUAAAGUUUAGUCUGUCCAAUGGAGGGAGAUCCUAAGAAUCCUCCAACUCUUCCCAGUGGCGGUCCUCUCCUUCACAGUGCCCCCCAAACAAACCACCUCUCUCAAUACACCAGCCGCAAUCAUGAUGGAAAAUCUGCAAACCGAAGUGGAUGUAUUCAAGAGGUCAAUGAGAAAACGCCAAAGACAAAGGAACCAGAAGGACUGAACCGCAGAACAGCAGCUCCGAGUUCUCUUCGGCGACACGUUUUCCCCACUAAGAGAGAGAGGGAGACCAGCAUGGUUCAGGUAUCUCAAUCCCUGUCGGUAAAGUUGAUGAAAGCUGAUAUGACUCAUAAACCACAAAACCUCCAAAAGAGCACUUCAGACUUCAGCCUUGUGCCAGAGCAUGAUAAUAAGAACGAGGAUCAGGAAUGCAGAAUGAACAGAGCUGUUCCUUCCUGCUGUGCACAAAAUGUAGAUGAAUCUAAAGCUGGAGAGGUUGCUUUGGACCCCGAAGCCAUCCAAUCAGAUGGGGAGGAAGAGCGAGAUAUGGGUCCUAUCCCUAAGAGUCCAUCCCCAGUGAAAAGAUGGGUGAUUGGCCCAUUGUUUCAGUCGUUCAAAUCCAAGAUGGCCAGUUUCACAGAGAUUGUCAUGAGUCCGGUCAAACUCUUCAAACCCACAAACAUUCCGCAGUCAACUGUAAAUAUGGACUUCCCAGAGCGUCUGGAUACUGACCAAGUCGUAAACAGUAAACGCUAUGAAACUGUAAACUUAAAAGGUCAUUUGGAGAAGCCGGAUGAGAAUGAAUGCAUUAUAGCAGAUACAGAGACAGGACUACUCCAGAACCAGGACCUGGAUGACAAGGCUGGAUCCUGUAAAUCUCUGGACUCUAGCCAAGGUGGACUAGAAGCUCAAGGGAAGCACUUCCAUAGGUCAAGAGGACGAAGGGGAGCACGGAUUGCCGUCCAGAAACACCCUGUGGUUCAAAAACACCCUGCCGUCCAGAAACACCCUGUGGUUCAAAAACACCCUGCCGUCCAGAAACACCCUGUGGUUCAAAAACACCCUGCCGUCCAGAAACACCCUGUGGUUCAAAAAUUAAGUUUAGACUUAAAAAGCCGCCACCUUCUAGGGGAAGAUAAAUGUGCCUUUGAGAGGAGACAGAGCAUACUUGCAUCAAAUGAACCGAAUGACUCGAUGACUGAAAAGGAAACGAACAACAAUGAUUCUGUACCUUGUAAACGCAGUCGAUUACUCCAAAGUAGCAUCAAUUCAGGCCCCGAAUCAACAGAAUUAAAUUAUCCUUCUCUGUCCUCGCAACCCUCUGACGACACAAGUGCCUCAUGUGAAUCCAAGCUGAAGCCAAAUAUUCAAAUGGUGGAGCAGGUGGGUCUGGCGGGCGCUCAGCGGAAACCGUUGAGGAGAAAACGACACGUCAGUCACAAAUCUACGACCAAGAGCGGCUCUUCUAAGAUUGUGUCAUCUGAUAUGCCUUGUAUCUCUGCUGUUGCUGCAGAACUGCACUCUGCCAGCAGAUCGCCUGAAAUCGGUGGCGAACGGUUUGCUUUGAAAUGUGACUCGCAGUCAACAAUGAAUGAUUCUAAAGACGCUCAGAGUUCCGUCUUGUCCUCUGUGUAUUACACCCCCCCUGACUCUAUGUGUUCUCUGGAUGACAGUAGGAAAAAACAUACUGAGUUGCAUGGAAACCACAACGUGUUGGUUUGUGUCGCACAGUCACACAUAUCUGUCAAAAAUAGCCCUGAGAAAACGUCGACAGAUAAUGGAAAAGGCACUGCCCCGGAUAUGGGUCACUCUUUUAAGCCACUUCCACAGCAGGUAGAAGAGAGUGAGGGAAAGCGUGAAGUGGGAAGUACAAAGAGGGAAAGGAAAUUGAAAGUCACUGCAUUGACAGAUGUUGAGAGAAAUGUUGAGAAAAGGAAAAGAGUGAAGCUUGUGAGAGGAGAGGAAUGCAAAGGGCAGUUGGAGAGGGAAGGGUUAGCUGGGGUUGAAAGUUGCACUCUGGCAUCCUUAGACCACAAAGAGCAUUUAGAAUAUUCCAGGCCAAGGAUGUUAAGGAAACAAGGGAGUGCCAAAUCUCAGUAUCAAAAGUUGACUCCCAAAACGGCAAGUAGUACUACCGUGGAUGUGGUAAUUCAGGAACUUCCUGAGACGAUCACAGCCGUGAUAAAAAAAGACAAAGGAACUGGACGAAAGGGUAAUGUGAAGCUAAAUGUGUCUCUCCCAGCAAAAGCAACAACAAGUACAACUGAUCUAGAGGAUCCCACAGUUAUGAAAAGCACUGACAGUUUGACAAGGGGUAACCCAAAGGGUAAAAGGAAUAUGAUCAGUAAGGAGCAGGAAUGCUUUUCAAGCACCAAAAGAUUAAAGCAACAAAAGAACACUUGUUACAGUCACAGUGAGUCUGGCUCUAUGGAGCCGAACACUACACCGAUGGUAAAACCCACACUGAAUGACCCAAGUUCUGGAGGCUUUGGCCAGGAUACCAAGGCACGAUCAGAGACAUCCAGAACACUAGAAAAUGUAUAUCCUAAGAACAGAAACUUGGCAACGGAUGAAAUGAAGCCCUCUCGGAAUGGAAGGAAAUGUUGCACAGCCAUGCAGUCUGACCCAUCGUCAGGGUACGAUGAGAGGACAUGGUCUUUACCUUGUGGUGCUUGUCCUCAACUGGCAGUCAAAUUGAAUAAGCAUGCAGUGCAAAGGUUCAUUGAUGACGCAAGAAAUGGCAGUAAGGAGAGCAUGGAAGAGGUAGUGCUUCUUCACAGCCGGAAAGUGACAGUUGACGUGAAGCAGCAUAAAAAAGAGGAAGAGGGUAGUGAACAACUUGGCAAAGCUGCUGCCGAACUAAGACGCCACGUGAGGGAGCACAGGAAGAAGCCAAGGAAAGCUUAUAACCAAAGGAGAAGGCGUAGGGCUUUGUCCGUGAGCAAGGUUGAAGUAGAGGCGGGGGGAAAGGGGGAGGAGAUGCAUGGAGUGUCAGGUGACCAGUUGGAUGCGGUCGGAGUAGGAGCAUGUUCUUCAGAUCCUGGCGUCCUGACCAGGCGUCUGCUGCGUCGCCACUCCUGUCCAGAGAUCCUCUCCCUCCUUCACCACGACUCUCCCUGGAACGCUUCGUCGCUGUCGCCACACCGAGCCUGGACACUCCCCUUACACCGACACCCGUCUCCUCAUGCCCCUCAUCCUCUCAGAUCCUCCAGGCGUGCCCGUAGACACACUGUCUGUAGUGUGGAAGUGGAGCGGGAGAUCGCCCCUUUGUGUUUGCGAAAGGAGGUGUAUCCCACAAGAAGAUGCAGUCCCUACGGCAGCAAGGUUCACCUCCUGUCUCCCAGUGUACCUCUCUCCCCAUCCAUCUCCCUCUCAGCCCAGGCCUCACGUUUUCUGUCCAGCCCCCUGGCCUUCCUCUCCAGGAAAAGGGAUAAAAGUGUUGUUGCUUCCUCUCUCCCCCCUAGUGUUUUCACCAGCUCUUCGCCUUCAUGCUCCUCUCUGUGGCACCAGUUUCCUGGUUCGAAUCUAACCACCCUCUCGAGGUCCACAUCUUCAACUUCAGUUUCCUCCCUUUGCAAUGCCUUGUCACAGAUUCCCCUGGAGGGUGAGAGUGAGACAAGGCAGCAAAGUGAUGAUGAUGAUGGGGAGGACACAAGCUGCUCCAGUCAAGAGUUUGAAUCAAUGGGGAUGAGGGAGGAGAAAGCUUUGUCUGAUUCCGAAAUCAAGAUGGGGAGCUGCAAGAACGAGGAACGGGGAAAGGUGUCAUCCAUUAGAAUUCGCAAAACGUUACCCAAACCCCAGAAGAACCUAACGCCCAUGGGCUUACCCAGGCCUGUGAGGCUGAAAAAGAAGGAGUUCAGUUUAGAGGAGAUCUACACCAACCAAAACUUCACCAAGCCCCCUGAGGGCCGGUUGGAGACCAUUUUUGAGUUGCCACUAAAUCGUCGGAAUGGUUCUCAGUCCCUCAUUGGUCAGAAGCGUUUGAAGCGUUUUGUAGAGUUCCCAGAGGUAGGAGUGGCCAGAAAGCCCAGGAAGUCCCUUGUAGGUGCUGGGAAAGUUGGAAUGACUUCUACUGUUGGUAGACCACGACGAGGAAAUGUCCCCAACUCUAAAGAUGAUCCCCCCCUCAGUUUGCAAGACCUUGACUCACUACUUUGCUCUAAGCUUGACGAACUGGACUACUGGUUAGCUCUCAACCAGGAAACAUCUUGACAAUCGACAAGUAUCAGGGAGAAGUCGUGGCAGACGGUGGCACAUUCACAUUUUCUUAAACAGGUGCUUUUCAACCAACAUCAAGCUGCACUUCCAUCUUGUUCAGUGUCUUUGUGACCUUGUUUACAAUCAGUGCCGUUUUAGUGGAUUAUUGCUAUUAAAUGGAUAAUUGAAGAAUUGCAUUAUUGCCCUGUGUACUGUAGCAUUUGAGAAGGAUUAUGGAGUGAAGGAGUAUUGGGCUGAUGAGACUGUUAGUAGAAAAUAUGGUGCACAAGACACUGGGCCAAUGCGCUAAUGCAAAUGGUAUUGCCGGUUUAGGUCGUUUUAUUAUACGGCACAUGCAGCGGUACACAUUCAUGUCUCAUUAUUGAGAUGGAUGCAUGGGGGUUAUACAUCAGUAUAAGUUCCUUUUCACCUAAAUCACAGCUUGUGGAUGUAAACUUUCUAUAAUCAAUGAGCUCAAUAGCUAAGCUGCACUGAAUCUUCAGUCAAAACUCUGCCCUUGUGUCUUGGAGAACAUGCUAUGUUCACUUGUCUUGAGUGACAUGCGUUUACUCCAUUGACCCUGUAAAGUCAUUUGCUGCUUUUUCGUGCUUUAAGAUGACAGCUUUUUUUCAGCCUUAAUAUCUUUAACUGUGUUUUUUGAUUGUAUAAAUAAUAAUUGAAGAAAGCCGUCCGUUCUCUAAAUAAUGGGUCAUUCACCCAUUGUCUCAUCACUAGUUUGUCUUUCAUAACUGCUUUUUUAUAUUUUAUUGCCUUUGUAUAUUUGUCAUUCGUGGUUUUCUAAGUGUGUGAGGUAUUGUAUUUCCAGAGACCUUUAUGUUUGCUUGCUUUACCUAUUUGUGAUGCAUGAAAGUGUUGUUUUUUUACCUUAAGGUUUACCAUGAUAAUUCAUGAUGUGGUACACAUUGGUUGUAUUUCUUGUUGCAACCAGAGAAAGAACAAAAGAAUGAAUGUGUGUAUAUUAAUGACCCCGACACAGAGCUUUCUACAAAAAUCUUUGUAAGUAGACAUUUCUGUUACAGUAGUUCUUUACCUUUUCUUAAACAACAUGCAAUGCAAUUAUCAAAAAUAAAGCACAUUUAGUUACAUUAUGUAAUAAAUUAUGUAAUAAAGUUGGUAACAAUUUAACCGAAA